AACACAACAUCUGUGUUGAUUUUACGCUGUAGUUUUGAGUGUAACAUUUUUUUCACUUGCAGUUAAUGACGUUGUAAGUCACGCACGUUUAUUUUGAGACGGUCCCUGAACAGCUGUUAAAUCAUGGUCGUUUGUGAACAUGGUGAACAGUAGGGGACUUUGGGGUAGUUUUCUCUGUCUUUUCUGACAUAUUCGUGCGAUGUAAACAUUAGCGGAGCUAGAGUUAAACGAGUAUUUUGACGACGUAUCUUACUGCAGAUAUGGGGUAGCUACUGUGAAUUGGGCAGCGUUUUAAAAUUAGCACUUUGUUUCGUCAAACUGUCGUUAUUUACAUACAACAAAAAUGUACAGUUCAUCAUCCAACAACGGACUCCUGCGGUCGGACGAAUGUUCCGGUAAUGGCAGCAACAUUUUGGUCCGACACAGCCUCGGAUCCGGCAGGAGGAAACACGAGGCUGGGACUAACAUUAGCCUGCUAAGUUUGGCAAGCGAAGAGGACGAUGAAGUCCAGUUUGACACUUCGGACACAGAUAAUGACUGUGAGGUGUUAAUAGCUGGUAGACAUUACCCAUCCAUCCAAGAGUUUGCCUCAGCGAUCCCCAACCACCUUCUCCUGGGGUCCCUGCUGGAGCACCUGUGCUUCGUCUACGAGAGUAAUCCAGCACGCUCACGUACGCUGUUUAAAGUCAUUGGCCAGCGAUUAGCAGCUAUGAACCUCCUCUCGCCGUUGGCCAUAAGUGAUGAGUUCAGCACCGUCAGACUACAGCACAACCGGGCCUUCACUGAGCUGCUUAAUGCCGCCAGCUCCUCCUUGUACCCGCAGGGUCUCGGCACAAACACGCACAAUCCCUCUGCAAGACCUAAGGAGGGACUAUUUCAAGCGCAGACCUCACGAUAUCUUAGUGAGUUUGAAGAAAUCUGCAGACUUGGGAAAGGAUCAUAUGGAAAUGUUUUUAAGGUUAUGAACAAACUUGAUGGACAAUAUUAUGCUGUGAAGAAAAUUCUCAUCAAAAAUGUCUCAAAGGAUGACUGCAUGAAGGUCCUUAGGGAAGUCAAAGUGUUGUCCAGCCUGCAGCAUGUAAAUGUUGUGGGUUAUCACACUGCAUGGAUGGAACAUGUUCAGCCUGCAGCACAUCCUGAGUCUCUCCUGCCUGCACUGGAAUCACCUGGACAACAAGACAAUUUUGAUGGGAGCCCUGACAACAGCGACACCAGCUUGUCUAUAGUCUUUCAAAGCCUCAGUGAAUCACCAACAGAUAAAGCUGCAAGUGCCAAAGUAUCUCCAAAAGAGACCGAGUCGGCUUUAGUGCCAACCCAAGAGAAGGGCCAGGUGUUGUGUCCCAAGACGAUGCGCCGCCUCCCUGAGAACUACGUCCCCUGUGUGUUCCUGGGACAGCGCGAUCCCGUGAAGAGCUCCAAGUGUCCUGCCACGGGUUGGGACAGCUCAGCACUGUUAGAGGAGGACUCCAGCAGGAGUAGCAUCGAGCUGAACAACAACUCCUGCAACGACAAGGAGUGCCAACAGUGGGCUGACAAACGCACAAUAAAGCCUUCUAAAGAGGUACAGUUCCACCUGAUGCUCUACAUCCAGAUGCAGCUGUGUGAUCGCUCAGUAAAGGACUGGAUCUCUGAGAGAAACGCCAAACCCAAAGAAGAACAAACCUCAAGAUGUCCUUACGGAUGUGUUGAUACUGAACACACUGUCAGCCUGUUGAGAAACAUACUGGAAGGGGUGGAGUACAUUCACUCCAGGGGAAUCAUACACAGAGACCUGAAGCCAAGGAACAUUUUCCUCCGUGCUCAUGACUGCCAUGUUCGGAUUGGGGACUUUGGUUUGGCCUGCCGGGAUUUACUAGUGGAUGGACAUAAAAGCACCAACUCUCCCAACAGUGAUUCCUCACAUACUACUGGUGUUGGUACAUUUGUGUAUGCUGCACCAGAACAAUUGAAGGGCUCCCAUUAUGAUUCAAAGUCAGACAUGUACAGCAUUGGAGUGCUGGCGCUCGAGCUAUUCCAGCCCUUUGGGACAGAGAUGGAGCGGGUCCGGACCCUUGGGGACCUGAGAGAAGGGAAAAUCCCAGACUCAUUCUGCCACAGAUGGCCAGCCCUGGCUAAGUACAUCAUGAAGCUAACAAGUAAAGAUCCUAGUGUUCGGCCCACAGCCAGCCAGCUUCUACAGAGUGAACUCUUCUGCAGCAAGGACAGGUUGAUCCAUGGUUUGCAGAGAAGGGUUGAAGAGCAGGAGGAAGAGAUCAUGCAGCUGAGGAGACAGAUCAGUCGGCUUCAGAGCUCACAAGCCACAGUUCAUGUCUCUGAGUUGGACAAGACCUGAGCCUUAAAAAUGUCAACAACCCACAGACUGUCAAAACUUGAUUUUUUUUUUAACUACUUCUGUACUGUGAUUUGGUACAAGUGGUAGAGAGAGAGAGUGUGUGUGUGUGUGUGUGUAAGCAUUUGAGUGUAUCUUGUACACCUGGAUGUAAGGGUGCAAUUAUUUAUUUUCAUUCAGCUGUUGAAUAAAACCCAUUUCGGCUAUGUCUGAUGGGAUUUCUAAGA